AUGUCCUUGGGGCACGAACUCCGCCCCUACCAUGGUAGCGAGACCCUGGUUGUUCCGCAACCAGUUCCGGCAUGCUCGGCGAUCGGAGGAACACCAAGGCUACGCCACCCCGUGGGCCGCGUCUGGAGGAUUCGUGGAAAGCCCGGCUUCGAGCCAAUGGCUGGGGUUUGCGAGCACGGAAACGGCUUGGUCUCCGGCGUAAUGAGCGUUCUUGGCCUGUUGCAUAUACCACAUGCAGAUGUGCUACCAUGGUACGGUAGUCCGCCCUCGUGCGGGCCCACUCGUCGUACACUCUCCAACAUUAUUCGACGACAAUGCCUAAGCUGGGGGCCCCUGUUGGCACCUGGUCGUGCAGCUCCAGGGCCCGGGGUGAGCCAUGACGGGGGCCACGGUCAACGGGAUAGACUACCGAGACGAUUCCACGACGACAGGCAUACAGGCCGCGGCGCGGAUUGCCAUUUCGGGAUCGGAAGAUGCCAACCAAUCAGUGCGUGGGUUGCGUUUGGUGGCAACGUCAAUGUACAUCCUCUCCAUCCAUAA